AUGAGCAGAGACGAAAGCGGGGCGAAGAGCAAAUACGCUGACGGCGUCGAGCAGAGACCCUAUGUGACGAGCAGAGACGCUAUAUGUGUUCCGAGCAGAGACGCUAUGUGCCGAGCAGAGACGCUAUGUGUGUUCCGAGCAGAGACGCUAUGUGACGAGCAGAGACGCUAUGUGCCGAGCAGAGACGCUAUGUGUGUUCCGAGCAGAGACGCUAUGUGACGAGCAGAGACGCUAUGUGCCAAGCAGAGACGCUAUGUGCCGAGCAGAUCGAGACGCUAUGUGGCGAGCAGAGACACUAUGUGCCGAGCAGAGACGCUAUGUGCCGAGCAGAGACGCUAUGUGUCGAGCAGAGACGCUAUGUGCCGAGCAGAGACGCUGUGUGCCGAGCAGAGACGCCAAGUGACGAGCAGAGACGCUAUGUGGCGAGCAGAGACGCUAUGUGCCAAGCAGAGACGCUAUGUGCCGAGCAGCGACGCUAUGUGCCGAGCAGAGACGCUAAGUGACGAGCAGAGACGCUUUAUGACGAGCAGAGACGCUAUGUGCCGAGCAGAGACGCUGUGUGUCGAGCAGAGACGCUAUGUGCCGAGCAGAGACGCUAUGUGCCGAGCAGAGACGCUAUGUGCCGAGCAGAGACGUUAUGUGCCGAGUAGAGACGCUAUGUGCCGAGCAGAGACGCUGUGUGACGAGCAGAGACGCUAUGUGACGGGCAGAGACGCUAUGUGA